AAUAAAUCACUAGAAAUAGGAGAAACAUGGAAAGAAUAUGACGAUCCGCUUUUAGGAAUUCCUCUUAAAUUUAACAAUUUGGUUACUAAUAUAUCCAGCGAAGAUGAAACAGAUGAUUACAAUCCUAUAGUAGGCGCUCCUAUUAAUAACAUGUGGAGUAACUUAUACCUGUUGACUCAAGAUGAAAACUUGGACGAGUCUUUCUUCUUAAACUGGGACGUCGAAGAGACUAUUCGUGACGCAGCUUAUUACAUCCGUGAUCACAAGUUCAACGACUUUGAUCGGCGUUAUUAUAGAAAUAUGAGUGAUUACGAAAAAACAAGUAGUAGUAGAUUGUACCAAGAGUUUGCUAAGCCCAGGUUGAAAUCCCUGCAUUGGCAAGUACUGAAGUACUGCAAUGGCGGAUUUUUUCAGUGUCUCAAGUACAUUGACAGUAUGAUUAAAAAAACAUCACCAAAGCGGCUUGAUGAUAUUGUAUAUGUGAUUAUUAAAAAUAAUUGGAGUAGAAAAACUCACAAUCAGCAAAUAAAUGUUCUUGAUAAUCAAUGCAGAUCAUCGCGUGAUAAUUAUUCACCGUUUCAAGGACCUCUUGAGCGUUUUCAAUGGCGAACAUCUGUCAGUUAUUAUUUAUGCUGGUACACAAUAUUGAAUAGACCUGAAAUGAAACAUUUUAAUGAAUCUUGUGAUAAUUUUGCUAAUUGUCUUGAUGAUAAUUACUUUACUAAUAAUAAAGACCCACGAGCUGAUGAUAAAAUACCAUUUGCAUGCGCAUUUUAUAGCUUUUGUCCUGAUCCUUGCUGUCCUUUGAAAGUUGUUUCUAGUAUUUUAGAUUGUUCUAAAAGUCUAUUGAAUCCAUGCUUGAUUAAUAGUAAAAAAGAAUAUAAUAAUUGUUACUUCCCAUUUGAAAAUAAUUACAACUUCAAUUCACUGAUAAGCAAUAAAUUGAAUUUAACCUGCGAUUGUGACGAACCAGGAUACGAAUGGUCAUCAAAAUUCGGACUAUGCAUAGAUAUUGAUGAAUGUUCAACAAAUCUUCAUGAUUGUUGGCCAGAAUCUCAUACAGUCUGUAUUAAUUUGCCGGGAAGUUUUGACUGUGUUUGCGAACUCGGAUAUGAGUACGACAAUGAAACAGAGAGGUGUAAAAAUAACUACGCGGUUCAAAAUGUUCUCAGACAAUCUUUGUCGAUUGUUAGUUCAACUCCGCAAAGCUUGUUUGAUAUUAUCGUUAAUGCUUUAACGAAAAAAAUUGACAUAUUG